ACCUACUUCAAUUGUUCCCAUAAAUCUGGUAACAGAGAAAACUUUUCAGCUAAACGCCGAUAAGAAUUCAUACUACUCACAAUACUCUAUAUAUUGGGAUCAUCACAACAGUCAAGGCUACCUCACAGUAUCUCACAUUUGGCUGCCCACUUUUUUCCUUUGUCUUGAUCAUUUAAACUUCAGACUUCCUUGCCUUCCGCGUCAUGGAGAAAGUCCAAUACCUCACUCGCUCUGCUAUAAGAAGAGCUUCAACCAUUGAAAUGCCUCAACAAGCACGUCAGAAUCUCCAGAACCUGUUCAUCAACUUCUGUCUCAUCUUAAUAUGCCUCUUGCUGAUCUGCAUCAUCGUGAUGCUUCUCUGAAGUGCUGCUGCCAUGUCCAGUGCUGCAACCUGUCACCAUCAGCUUAAGCCUGUCACCCACGGAUAGGGGAAAAGAGACCACUUCCCAUGAAGAGCAAAUUCUUCAUGCAAACAUCAAGGUUCAGAAGAAAUGAUUAGCAAAUGUCUUCAUCUGCUGGAUCUUGCAACCAUGAAAAGGGCUCAAUUUUUAAAAUUAACUUUAAAAUGACUAUAAGUGUGCAUAAUGUAACUGUUAAUUUCUGCAACAGAGCUUAUAAGUUUCAAUCCCAAAUCUUUUCUGAGGAUGAACUAGGAGUUUAGUUUUGAAACUGUACUGCUAACAAGUCACUUCAUAUAUAAAGCAUUAGCUUCACUGUUUGGGGUAAAUAUAAUUUAUAUUGUACUGAAAAAGCCUCUUCGAUGUUUAUUAAGUAUUUUUCAGGUCUUCACCAACUAUCAAAACAAUCAUUCAAAUGACAUGUCAUUAUUUUAAAUAGCCCACUGAUUCCUCACUUUAUCUUCAUUAUUAUUAUACAAACGUCUCUUUAGUAACUAUCAUAACCUCCAUUCUAAAAUAGAAAUUGCAUUCUUUUCCUAUACUUACCUUAACAUUGUUUGAAGUACAUGAGAAUCAAGUAGGAAAAAGAAGACCAUACUAUUACAUAAAUAAAAUUUCUCUUAGCUAUUUUUUAAAGAAUAUAGAAUGCUAGUACAUGUAGAUAACCAUAAAUCUAUUUUCUCUAGGACAUUAUGAUAAAUAAAGGAGAAGUGCUGGUUAAUUUAACAGCUGACAGUGUGAUUAGCCAUAAUUACUAAUACACUAAUAGAAUAGAGUCUAACCUUAAUUUAUGGCAUGUAGUUGAUUAACUGAGUUACAGUAUAUAACUUGCCAUACUGUAUCUUUGGAAUCAUGAAAUCUUAAGACUUCAUAUUUUAUAGGUUGUCUUCUAUUCUAUCCUCAUACUCAAUGUAGGCAAACAAAAGAAAAAUGUAACAUUUCAAAUACUGAAAAAUAAAAUUUUUGAAUUCUCUC